GCAGUGUCCCAAGGUGCAAAAUAUCGACGGACGGAAGAGGGUGGAGAGCAAUGUAGAGAUAGUACACAGACUCAGCCAUCCCGAUACGAUUGUUCAUAUGAAACAUUUGAGGACGACCACGGAUAAAAAUGUCAGUGGCAGGACUGAAGAAACAGUUUCACAAAGCAAGUCAGUUACUAAAGGAAAAGAUCAAUGGAGUUGAGGGAACAAAACUGGAUGAGGAAUUCCUCAAUAUGGAGAGGAAAACUGAUAUUACCCACAAACUGAUUCUCGACCUUGUUCCAAAAACUAUAGGAUAUCUUCAGCCAAACCCAGCAUACAGAGCAAAGCUCAGCAUGAUCAGUAAAGUGUCCAAAAUCCGUGGGCAGGUGAAGUCUGUGGGAUAUCCUCAGACAGAGGGCAUUCUGGGAGAUUGCAUGCUGCGCUAUGGCAAUGAGCUUGGAGCUGAGUCUGGUUUUGGUUUUGCUCUGCUUGAAAUGGGAGAGGCGCUGAAACAAGUAGCCCAGGCAAAAGACUGCAUGGAUGUCCGAGUAAAACGAACCUUCAUUGAUCCUCUGCAGUCCCUGCAGCACAAAGAGCUGAAGGAAAUUGCGUAUCAUCUGAGAAAACUUGAAGGUCGCCGUCUAGAUUUUGAUUACAAGAAAAGACGUAAAGGGAAGAUUGCAGACUCUGAAAUUAAGAAAGCAUUCGAAAAGUUUGAAGAAUCCAAAGACCUGGCCGAGAGAAGCAUGUUUAAUCUCCUAGAGAGAGAUAUACAACGGACGCAACACCUCUCAGGGCUUUUAGAUGCAGUAAUGGACUACCAUCGGCAGUCAUCCCAGAUUCUAGAAAAUCUCAGGAGUAGUUUGCAGAGCAGGAUAACAGAUGCAAGCAAUCAACCCAAAAGGGAAUAUGCAUCUAAAUCAGCUGCGAGCACAGUGUGCUACACAGAUAUUUAUGGAUUUUCCACAUGCUCAUCUGGUCAGUCAUCAGAUACUGAGGUUACUGAAGCUUUGAGUGAAAAAUAUGCACCAGUAAUGGUUCACUCUCCUGACAAAGUCACCAUUAAAGCUCAAAUAACAGACAAGCCAACCAGCAACAAUGGUAGCGGCCCCCCCUUGGACCAGCCUUGUUGUCAGGCACUCUACAGUUUCCAGACAGAAAACCAGGGCGAGCUGGGCUUUAAGGAGGGUGACAUCAUCAUUCUGACCAGCCAGAUCGAUGAGAACUGGUGUGAGGGAAUGGUCAGAGGGGAGGCUGGCUUAUUUCCCUUGAACUACGUCAAAGUCCUUGUGCCUCUGCCACAGUGACGGUGGGAAGUCCCUGCAGCUGGACAACGUGAACUGUGCCAGUUUUUGGAGAUUCAGAAACUUUGAUAAUUUGAUGAAGGUUAAUAUGUCAAGUGCUUCUGAGCCCUUGCUGUAUAUUUAUCUAUAUUAUCACUAUGCAAAAUCAUGUAGACUGCUUUGUAUUCCUUAUCUGAUUAUUUUUUAUGAAUCUUAUAAUGUUAAAUAAAUAUGCUGCUAUAUUAAAGUCCUAAGUAUCAUUUAUAUGUGCACUGUGAAUGUAUAUGUGACCCUGGAGCACAAAACCAGUCAGAAGUAGGAGAGGUAUAUUUUUAGCAAUAGCCAGCAAUACAUUGUAUGGGUCAGAAUGAUCCAUUUUGUCUUUUAUGACAAAAAUCUUAAGGAGAUUAUGUAAAGAUCAUGUUCCAUGAAGAUAUUAUGUAAAUUUAUUACCGUAAUUAUAUCAAAAAGUAAUUUUUGAUUAGUAAUAUGCAUCACUAAUGACUUUAUUUGGACAACUUAAAAUUUUUUGCACCCUUAGAUUUUUAAAUAGUUGCAUCUCAGCCACAUGGAAAGUUUUAUGAUGUAUAAAUCUUUUUUUUAUUAUUAUUAUUAUUGACUCUUAUGAAUGAUUAGGUCCAGGGCCACAUAUGAUCAUUUUAAUGUUGUUGUUUUUUUUUUUUUGGCACUCAAAAACAAAAUAAAUGACUUAGGAGUUA